AUGGUAGACCAGCUAUCCAAUUUCCGAUCACAAACGGACGCCGAAUGGACCACUAACAAACAAAAGAAGAAGUUUGAAGAGCUAAAACGGACACAAAAGCCUCACAAACAAAUCCAACCACUCGACAUCAAGAAAUUCAUACACAACAUAUCAAGCUUCCCACUGGAUAAGGCCGCACAGAACGUCCUAGCCAAAGGAUUUAACUAUGCCGUAGCACCUACCCAAAUCCCAGUUGAAGACAUCAUCUGCAACAUAGAAGCAGCCAUAGCGGAAAGGCCAGCCAUUACAGCCGACACCAUAUGA